UUGCAGGCAAGGUUAAUACUUAACAGUAAACGCAAAUCCAUGUCGCUUCUGCUGACUGCAAGUCAGCGACUUUUCUGUCAGCAUCGCAGUAUUAAAACAGUCAACAUGGCCAGAGUAAAAUGCAUCUUUGGACAGUGCACUUUCCACAUUCAGGUCAAUAUGCGGAGAGGAUGGAGUGUCAUUGGCAACUGCUGUCAGAGAGCAACAUGGCAAAGAUGAAUCUGUACACAGAUGCCGUCCACCGGAUGUGGUUGUUUUUCCACGUUGUGUGGAGGAGGUUAGCGCUCUGGCGAAAGUCUGCCAUGACAAUCGCCUUCCCAUGAUACCGUUUGGAACGGGAACUGGCCUGGAGGGUGGGGUAGGAGCAGUGAAGGGCGGUGUGUGCUUCAGCCUGAGGAAAAUGAACCAGAUUUUGGAUUUCCACCAGGAGGAUUUUGAUGUGACAGUUGAGCCUGGUGUGACCCGAAAAGCCCUCAAUGCCUACCUGCGAGACACCGGACUGUGGUUUCCUGUUGAUCCUGGAGCUGAUGCUUCGCUGUGUGGGAUGGCAGCCUCGAGCGCAUCUGGUACCAAUGCAGUGCGAUAUGGAACCAUGAGGGAAAACGUGAUCAAUCUGGAGGUGGUCCUUGCUGAUGGGACUAUUAUCCACACGGCCGGCAAGGGCCGACGUCCCAGGAAGACUUCUGCGGGCUAUAACUUGACAAACCUGUUUGUUGGAUCAGAGGGCACUCUGGGAAUUAUCACUAAGGCAACUCUGCGCCUCUACGGUAUUCCCGAAGCCACGGUGUCUGCGGUCUGUUCAUUUCCUUCAGUGCAAGCUGCUGUGAAUAGCACUGUGCAGAUUCUCCAAGCUGGGGUAGCCAUCGCUCGCAUUGAGUUUCUUGAUGACGUGAUGAUCAACGCAUGCAACAUGUUCAGCUCACUGUCAUAUCCCGUGACUCCAACUCUAUUCCUGGAGUUCCAUGGUUCCGAACAGAGCCUUGCAGAACAAGUCAACACAACGGAGGAAAUCACCCAGGCUAAUGGCGGCUCAGAUUUCCAAUGGGCUCGAGAUGCAGAAACACGCAAGCGAUUGUGGAAAGCUCGCCAUGACGCCUGGUAUGCUGCUCAGGCUCUAAGACCUGGUUGCAAGGCCUAUUCUACAGAUGUCUGUGUUCCCAUUUCCCAACUGCCUCAAAUCAUUGUGGAGACCAAAACUGACCUGAUUGAGAACAAACUUACCGGUCCCAUCGCGGGUCAUGUGGGUGAUGGGAACUUUCACUGUCUGAUGGUCGUUGAUCCCAACGACCCAGAAGAACUUCGGAGGGUCCAUUUGUUCAGCGAGAGGCUGGCAAGACGGGCCCUGGCUAUGAAUGGUACAUGCACAGGGGAACACGGAGUGGGCUUGGGCAAGCGAGCACUGCUCUAUGAAGAGAUGGGAUCCAUGACGAUGCAGGUCAUGCAGGGCAUCAAGGAUACCCUUGACCCAAACAACUUGAUGAAUCCAGGGAAGGUUUUGUUGCCAAGAGAGCCUCAAAGUGAAAAGUGAACCAAGUAAUUAAAUUGUUUAGAACACUUUCUGUAUAUGGGCACUCCCCUCCAAAAUUAUUGGAACAGUGAAGCAAAUCCCUUCAUUUUUGCCGCUGAUUGAAAAUAUUUGGGUUUGACAUCGAAAGAUGAAUAGAUUCAAGGAUCAGUAUUUCAGCUUUUCUUUCCGGGUAUUUACAUCUGGAUCAGAUACACAACUUGAAUAGAAGCUUUUAUUUGAACCCACCCAUUUUUUUAAUGUGAUGAAGUAAUGGUACAUGUGAUUGACGGGUGUGUCCAUUGCAUUGAUUAUUCAAACACUAAAUAGUGCUAAAUGUCAAAGCUCCGCAAACACAGGCCAUCAGCAAUACAAUCACGUGGAAUGCCCUGAAGAAAUAAAUUUUAAAAAACCAAUGAAGGGUGAGGAAAAUGAUAGCUGU